AUGUUGCGGUAUCUUCGUUGUUGCGUUCGUACAAUGUCAAACACCAGAGAACAAUACAAGGACGCAGCUAAACUGUUGGAUCCUGCAUCUACAGUUGCCAAGAUUACAAAACGUACAAAACUAGAAAAUGAAAAUGCAAAGUUUGUCAAUUUAGAGAAAUUGGAAUACGUCUCACCAUUAGGGAAACAAGGAGUUUGGGAAAUCGCCACACGUACUACCAAGCCAAAGGGUUCACUGGUGGAUGCAGUCAUUAUUGUUCCGAUUUUGAAAUACCCAAAUGGAGAUAAGAAGCUGGUAUUUGUUAGGCAAUUCAGACCUCCUUGUAAUGGUGUUGUCGUUGAAUUUCCUGCUGGCUUGGUUGAUCCGAACGACAGCAUCGAAACAUGUGCUCUUCGGGAAUUAAAGGAGGAGACAGGCUAUGUUGGUGUAAUUAGAAAGAAAACUGGUGUUGUUUGGAGUGACCCUGGGCUGGUUGAUGCUAAUUGCUCAAUGGUAUGGGUUGAUGUUGACAUGAGUUUGAAAGAAAACAAAACUCCUGUUCCGCAUUGGAUGGACAAUGAAUGUAUUGAGGUUGUCGAUGUACCUCUGAAUGAAUUAGAAGGAAAGAUUGAUGAAUGGACCAAACAAGGCUAUCUCAUCGAUGGUAGGGUUCAAACCUUGGUUAUUGGCAUGGCUAUGGCUAAUGAAUGA